UGUUAUUGACUUGGGAUUGGCCCAUAUGGCAUGGAGGUGUUCUGUUAAAUCCUUGGGAUAAAUAGAUUAGGUGGAGGUCAAUGUGAGUCUGGACGGAAGUCGCUCUAAACACGCUUCUCACCGCUUCUGUAGUCCUUACAUGAAAUAUGCACAAAAAAGGAGUAAUUAUGACAGUGCCUACAAUCAAGGUCCAUGGAUUACAAGGCCAUAUGAGAAUAUAUGAGAUCUGAGCAGUACCUACGCUAUUAUGCAGCUAAGGCCAUCAUCCAGGAGGGUAAAAAUACCUCAUCUAAGCUGCUUACGUGGCUCUCUUGGCCUUCUCUCCCAGUUCGCUUCCCUCCUCCCUGUGGAACAUGUUCCUCGUCCUCUCCCAAUUACCCAGUACGUUAUAUCAUCCUGAAAUAAAAUGAGUUUUACGACCAGACAUAAAAAAUUACAGCGGAUACGGUAAACUCGACACUUUCCGUUGACAAUGGCCGUCUUAAAAGUGACAUUUACGAAGACCAAUAGAGACAAACUGGCCCAGGUUUUAUGGGUUUUGAACUGGGUGUCUGUGGUGACUGGAGUGACGCUCUUCAGCAUGGGCUUGUUCUUAAAGGUGGAGAUUGAGAAGAGGCGGGAGCUGAUGUCAAAAGAGAUCGACUCGGUGCCAAACAUGCUUAUCUGUGUUGGCCUGACUGCAUGUGCGAUCAACUUUUUGGGGGGAAAGAUCUGCUAUGACUGUGUGGAUACAACCAAGUUCCUGCGAUGGAAGCUGCUGAUGCUGCCUUACAUCACAUGUACCUUUUUCUUUACGUUCUGCAUCCUCGUGGGUGCCCUGAUGUGCUACAGCAUGCGCAAAGACCUGGAGGAGUCCCUGUAUUUUGGUUUGCGAGAUGCCAUGCGCUACUAUAAAGACACUGACAUGCCGGGACGCUGCUAUAUUAAGCGCACUAUGGACAUGCUGCAGAUGCAGUUUCAGUGUUGCGGUAACGGAGGUUACAGAGACUGGUUUCACAUUCAGUGGAUCAGUAACCGCUACCUGAAUCUCAGCAACAGUGAUGUUGUGGAGCGGAUUCGGAGCAAUGUGGAAGGGAAGUAUCUGAUAGACGGGGUGCCGUUCAGUUGCUGUGGCCUAUAUUCACCCCGGCCCUGCAUUCAGCAUCAAAUCACCAACAACUCAGCGCACUAUAAUUACGACUACUUGAAGGAGGAUCUGAACCUGAACCGACGAGGCUGCCUACAGGCCCUGCUGGAGCACUACACACAGAUCAUGCAGUCCAUCGGGUUAAUCGUUCUCAUCAUUUGGCUUUUUGAGGUGUCUGUGCUGACAGGAGUGCGUUAUCUUCAGACAGCCAUGGAGAACGUGCUGAGGCAGGGAGACCCUGACUGUGAGUCUGACGGCUGGCUUCUGGAGAACAGCAUUGCAGACACUGCACGCUAUAACUUCAACAUCAUUAAGAACCUGGGCAAGUGCUACCAGGUGGAUGACGAUCCCAACAUAGACGUACCGAGCACCAGCCGGCAAAUGCAAGAGAACGUGCCCGUAAAGCAAAUCCCUGAGGCCAGGUAGUAAAAGAGACACUGAGACUUACCCAAGCCAUUCCACAAUGGCAGCCUUGGAGAGGCAGAUCAAGCUCUGCAUUGCAGCCUUUGACCAUUUACUUGAAUCGCACAAAGCGCAAAGGAGGUGAAGAAUGACCUGGAACAUAAAAACAGGCUGAUAAAGGAGAUCUCAAUUGAAAGGCACUCAUUGCAAUGUAAUCCUUGUGCCAUACAAAAGGAAGAGAAUGAAAUAUGCAUUUUUAGAAGCUGAAGGAAAAGCGACAGACAGAUAUUUACAAUAUUUAAUCAAUCAAUGUCAAAUUUACUUGGAUUUACACUUGUGAAAUGGAGUAAAUUCAUUCAACUGACAUGAAUAAGUUAAUAACAGCGGCUAUAAACAAAGAUGGUAAUGGAUGACAAGCUUUCGCGUGCCUCUACCCUGUAAUGAAGAUUAUUUUGUCCAUCUUAAUAUUAUCUGAAUGAUAAACACAUUUCAAAUUAAUCUGAAAAGGGUUUGAUUAUAGGCCUUUGUUCCAUUACUAAAGAGGUAUUACCAUGUGUUAAGCAUAAAAUGCCUUUUGGGAUCCAGCAAGGAUCUUUUUCUCUCUCACUCAGUUGCUUCAUUUGUUUCGUCGUAGGUCUAUAUUUAGUUUCUCUGCUAGUCAAUCAUACAUCUAUUGCUUUGGAGAAUUUCUGCAUCUGAAAAGGAUGAAUUUUGGCUUAGGCACAUUUUUUCAGACAAUUAAUCAGUACAAACAUUGACUUCUGAGCUGCAGCACUGUGUUUAAUAUACUUUGAGUCUACACUGUCUGUUUUAAACCCA